GUUCGCUGAUUACGACAAGAAGAUCGAAUCAGGCCUCGCUACACCACUACAAGACCGCCCCAGUGUCAACGGGCUUCCUUGGGUCACGCACCGACCGCUGGACACCGAGCGACUGGAGACCGUCGCCAAAGAGCUAGGAGAAGACGUGGACGAAUUCAGGCACGGGAUCUGCGACUUACACACCGAGGGGAUGACGUCUGGAGACGUCCACCGCGUGCUCAUGAUUGACAAUCCACAUGCUGACAUCACCUCCAAUGCCAAGAGCGGCUACGACAACAUCCACGAG